AUGGCCAAUAACAAAGGAUGGACUUGCCUGAUGUAUGCUUGCUAUUAUGGAAACAAAAAUCUUGUUGAUCGCAUAGUAGAUUUAGAUCCAACAACUUUGUUCUCGGCCAACAAUGAUAAACAAACACCUUUAAUGAUCGCCACCAUGUCCGGUAACGUAUCCAUAGUGAAGAAAACAUUUCACGUUGACAUUUUGGAGAUGCCUGAUAAACUAGGCAGAUCUGCAAUGUUUUAUGCGGUAUUAUACAAUCAAGAAGAAAUAUUGGAGUAUUUUAUUGAAAAACAAGCCAAUUGUAACGUAAUUGAUAACUUCGGUAAGACUAUGACUAUGACAGCUAUCUCAAAAGGAUUCCGGAGAGUUAUGAAAUUGUUGUACGAGUAUGGAAAUAGACACGAAAAAAACGUGUUGAAUACUACAUGGUCAGAAAAAUUGGAAAAUGCCAGAAACAAUCCUCAAAGUGACGAACAUUUAGAUUAUCAGGUGGAAAAACUAUUGAGACAAUUGUCACUGGAAAAAUAUUGGCCGGUGUUCGACGAACGAAACAUCCGGUAUAAUGAUUUUUUGAAGUUAUCUGAGCAAGACUUGAAAGAUAUCGGUAUACAUUUAUUUGGUCCAAGGAGAAAAUUAAUAAUGACUAUUGAUAAAUUAAAUGAAUUAAGAACAUCACAAGAACACUCGAGGAGUUGA